UGAUUAUAAAAAAUGUUCUUUUUUCAGACAAAUGUAUGUCGACGAAGAAUCAGGUACCUUCCGUAAGCCAGGAAGUGUAAUUAAACCUCAUAAACUGUGUAAAACGCUUCAAUACAUAGCUGAAAAUGGAGGUGACGCGUUGUAUAAUGGUGAACUCUUGGACCAGUUUGCAGAAGAUUUAAAAGAUAUGGGAAGCAUUAUAACGAAAAAUGAUCUAGAAAAAUAUGAAGUUCGAUGGAAUUAUUCCAUACCGGUAGAUAUUAAUGGUGAUAUAAUGUACGUCGUUCCACCACCAGCAAGUGGGAUACUACUUAGUUUUAUUAUAAAUAUAUUGAAAAAUUACAACUUCAAACCGGAGGAUCUAUCAUCAGUUAACUCAACCAUUUUAACAUACCAUCGUAUAGUUGAAGCAUUCAAACAUGCUUACGGAAGACGCACUCAGAUAGGAGAUCCAAAAUUUGUUAAUAUAGAAAAUCUUGUUGAACAAAUGACGUCACCAAACUAUGGGAAAGAAAUUAGAGAAAGUAUAGAUGACUAUAAUACAAAACAUAAUCCCCAUGACUAUGGGGGGCAUUUUUUCAUAAAAGACAGUCAUGGAACAGCCCAUAUAUCGUUAAUAGGUCCCAAUGGAGAUGCUGUUUCUGUAACGAGUUCGAUCAACUUUUAUUUUGGUGCAGCUCUUUCCGGCAAGAGGACAGGCAUUAUUGUAAACAGUGGAAUGGAUGACUUUUCGUCACCCGGCUUACAAAAUUAUUUCGGGCUUCCUGGUUCUAAGCGAAAUUAUAUACAGCCACAAAAACGUGCUCUUUCGUCAAUGUCUCCCACUAUUGUGGUCGGUAGCGAUGGUAACGUCAAACUUAUAGUUGGAGCAGCUGGAGGUACCAAAAUUACAACUGCGGUGGCUAUGACAAUCAUUAAAUAUUUGUGGUUUGGUCACGAUAUUAAAGAAGCUGUAGAUUCUCCUCGUAUACAUCAUCAAUUAAUUCCAAUGACAUUGCAAUACGAAUUUGGGAAUUUGGAGGGUGUUAUAUUAGGCCUUGAAGCUAAAGGACAUGCGACAAAACGUUAUCGUGAGCGCGGAUCGAUUGUGUGUGGAAUUGCACAGAACAAAACGGGUGUUUAUGCCAAUGCAGAUUUUAGAAAAGGUGGUGACGUUGUUGGUUUCUAAAAACAAGUAUUCAAUAAACAAUCGUUAGAACUUCA